GCCUUACCGGGAACCUGAGGGAGCCUGAGGGCGUAUCCCGGGGCCUCAGCGGGGCCUCAUCGGGGCAGUCCCCGGGCCUGAAGGGGCCUCCGCUGCCGCGCCGAUGUUGUGGCCGCGCCUGGAGGCCGAGUGGGCAGCGCUGGCCUGGGAGCUGCUGGGCGCGUCGGUGCUGCUCUUCGCCGUGCGCUGGCUGGUGCGGCGCCUGGACAAGCGGAGCCUGGGCCGCAGCGGGAUCCCGGCUGUGCCUCCGCGCGCGGCCGCAGUACCGGUACCGCACUCAGGUGAAAUGACAAUGGAUUCUAUCUUGGCUCAGUUGAAACUCCUAAAUCCAGAUGACCUCAGAGAAGAAAUUGUCAAAGCUGGGUUGAAAUGUGGACCUAUUACAUCAACCACAAGAUUUAUUUUUGAGAAAAAAUUGGCUCAGGCUUUAUUAGAGCAUGGAAAAACAUUGUCUUCACCUCCUUCUGAACAUGAAGCUCUCAGCCAGGACACACAAAGGAUUUUGAAGUCAGCUAUAGGAAACUCUGCUGAGCAUAUCAAUUUUUCUGAAGACAGAGAUUUUGGAUAUAGCAUGGGUUUGAAUUUUCCAGAGGAAGAUAGCGUGACAUCUGAGACCUGCUCAUUAUCCAGAGGCAUUGCUGGGGUUGACAGCCACAAAGCUGUGAUGAAGAUCUCUAAAGAGCCACUUCUGUACUAUGGAGUGUGCCCACCAUAUGAGGAUACUCCUGUGAAAAAUGAAAGAAUUCAUGUUUUUGAAGACAAAAAGGAAGCAUUGCAAGCUGUUAAAAUGAUGAAAGGGUCCCGAUUUAAAGCCUUUUCAAGCAGAGAAGAUGCUGAGAAAUUUGCUAGAGGUGGCUUGUACUUAUCUGAGUCAGAAGCAGUGAACAGAGAGCGAGCAAACAGUUACAAAAAUCCGCGCACACAAGAUCUCACUGCUAAACUUCGAAAAGCUGUGGAGAAUGGAGAAGAAGAUACUUUUCGUGAUCUCAUCUGGAGUAAUCCUCGGUAUCUAAUUGGGUCAGGGGAUAACCCAACCAUUGUACAGGAAGGAUGUAGGUACAAUGUCAUGCAUGUUGCUGCCAAAGAGAAUCAAGCUUCUAUCUGCCAGCUGGUUCUAGAGACUCUAGAAGACCCCGAAUUUAUGCGACUUAUGUACCCAGAUGACAACCCAAGCAUGUUGCAGAAACGUAUCUGUUAUAUUGUUGAUCUGUACCUGAAUACUCCUGAUAAAGUAGGCUAUGAUACGCCAUUGCAUUUUGCUUGUAAGUUUGGAAAUGCAGAUGUCGUCAAUGUACUUUCAUCACACCCUUUGAUUGUAAAAAACGCAAGGAAUAAAUUUGAUAAAACUCCUGAGAACGUUAUUUGUGAAAGAAACAAAAGUAAAUCUGUGGAGCUGAAGGAGCGGAUUAAAGAAUAUUUAAAGGGCCACUACUACGUUCCACUCUUGAGAGCAGAAGACUCAUCUUCCCCAGUGAUUGGGGAAUUGUGGACUGCAGACCAGGCAGCUGAGCACUCACCUGACCGCCACAGUUUCGGAGGCCCCAGAGACCCUGUUUUGACCCUGAGAGCUUUUGUGGGACCUCUGAGUCCAUCCAAGGCAGAAGAUUUUCGCAGACUCUGGAAAACUCCACCUCGAGAGAAAGCAGGCUUCUUUCACAAUGUCAGAAAAUCUGAUCCAGAGAGAGGCAUCGAGAGAGUGGGAAGAGAGCUAGCUCAUGAACUGAGGUAUCCCUGGGCUGAAUACUGGGACUUUCUUGACUGUUUUGUUGACCUUUCCUCCCCGGAGGGCUUACAGAAAUUAGAAGAGUAUUUCCACCAGCAGGAAGAAAGCAGAAAGGCCCAACAAGAAAUGAGAGAAAAUGAAGCUUGUCAUUCAGAGAAAGCCUCUGCCUCUGGUCAUCCUAGCAGUUCCAUUUCUGUAAGGACAUUUCUAGGUGAAGAUGAUAACAUGAGCUUGGAAGAAAUUAAAAAUCGGCAAAAUACAGCACGUAAUAAGACCCAUCCCACAGUUGGUGCUUUUGGAGAUUCCAACAUCCUUCCUUUGGAGCAGAAUAUGGAUCUUAUAGAAGUCUCAACCCCAAACAGUUCCCAGGGUAACAAAAAUGGCUUUUAUAGCCCUCCAAGCAGCAACAAGACCCUGGAAGGGAAAAGAACAAAGGCCUCCGGUGCACAGGAAGACCUCUUAUCACCUGUCUCCACUUUGACUGUUGAGUUUGAUAAACUGAAUUUGCAGAAUCUAGGAAGAGACUUUUCUAAGUUGAGAGCAAGUAAAAAUGUGGAAGCUGGAGAAAAGACACUGACAUCAAAAUUAGACACAAAAGAAAGUGACUUCUUAGUAUCACCUGCUGCUACAGGCAACCUCAGAAAGAAACAGAUAAUGAUGGAGAGCGAAGUGUCAGCUGGAAUUGCUGAACUGUGCCUGGAUCCCAACCAUCCUGGGCAGGAGACCCAACACCACAGCACUUCUACACCCUCAGAGCCCCUGAGGAUCCCUACCAUCCAAAGACUCUUCCUCUUGGGAGAGGAGCCCUCAAAGCUGGAUCGAGAUGUUCUAGCAGCUUUAGAAUGUAUAGAUGUGGACCCGAACAAGUACCCUACUGUGCACAGAUGGAGGAGCACCGUUCUGUGCUACUCACCUUCGGACAGACAGAGCUGGCCCAGCCCUGCACUGAAAGGGAGGUCGAAGUCUCAGCAGACAGAUCUUGGUCACCCUUCCAACUGCAGCCCGGGGAGAAGCAGUCCUGUGGUCAACAGCCCUGGGAAGCCCAGCACUGCCUUGUAUUCCCCUGGUGUGGGCAGCCCUGGGCGCUACAGUCCUGCAAAUGGGAGCCACCUCCGCAGAAUGACACUCCUGGCCCAGCCUGCUGGCUCAUAGGGCUCUUACUGUUGUUGUUGUUGUUGUUGUUGUUGCUUUGUUGUUGUUGUUGUUUAAUAAGGGUAAUAUGUUUAUUACCAAAAUGUCAUAAAAGAACAUAUUCUGGUUAAUCUUAUUUUGAAGGUGAGAGUUUUAGAGAAUGCACAUGUUCUGUGUACAUUGAUAUUUUGAGAAGUUGAUGAAAGCUAACUCGGAUACAAAUUUCCUGAAAACUGCCUAUGUGGUAAUGUUACAGAAUUCACCAUGGUAGCCACAGUGCUAGGCUGCACAGCAGUAAAGAUGAAUUUGGUCCCACCUUUGUUUUCUCGCAAAAAUCCUCUGUGUGGCCAGUCCACCCAGUUGAGUAGAGGAAGUGACUAGGUCAUUGUAAACAGUACUUAUAAUUUGGGCCAUUAAGAUGUGAAUCAGGGGCCAGAAGAAUUCGGAAAGUCUUAUAACCAUUGAGGAGGCUAUGCAAAUGGCCACACAGGACUUUGCAGCAACCCCAGCAUUCAUCAGUGCUGGGGCUUGACAUGUUUGUAAUGUCUUAAUACAUUAAAGAGUCUGUAAACUCUACUUUCAAAAUGUAUUUAAGGGGGCUGGAGAAAUAGCACAGCGGGUAGAGUAUUUGCCUUGCGUGCGGCCGACCCGGGUUUGAUUCCCAGCAUCCCAUAUAGUCCCCUGAGCACCGCCAGGAGUAACUCCUGAGUGCAGAGCCAGGAGUAACCCCUGUGCAUCGCUGGGUGUGAUCCAAAAAGCAAAAAAAAAAAAAAAUGUAUUUAGGGUUCAUAUCAGUUGAGUUUUCUUCAUAAAAAUAAUACGUUUUAAUAACUAGAGGUUUACUUUUGGGUUUUUUGUUUGAGGGGUAGGCACAUAUGAUUGUGCUCAGGACUUACUCUUGACUCUGCACUCACAGUUCACACCUGGCAGGCUCAGGGGAAAAUACAGGGUGCUGGGGAUCAAAACCAGGUAGGCCAUAUGCAACACAUGGACCUUGCCUACUAUAGUGUUUCUCCAGCUCUAGAGGUUUACUUUUGAAAGCUACUUGAGUAUUUUAUUUCAGUUCCUCUCUUGCUUCUAAUCCACCUACAAUAAGGGCCCUCUGUGUUGUGGGGAUACCUGAGGCCAAAAAGUUCUGUUAAAGGCUGGAUUUCCGGGGCUGGAGCAAUAGCACAGUGGGUAGGACAUUUGCCUUGCAUGCAACCUACCCGGUUUUGAUUCCCAGCAUCCCAUAUGGUCCCCUGAGCACUGCCAGGGGUGGUUCCUGAGUGCAGAGCCAGGAGUAAUCCCUGUGUAUCGCUGGGUGUGACCCAAAAAGCUAAAUAAAUGAAGGCUGAAUUUCUUCAGCUUUAUUAUACAUGAGGGCUCAUACAGAGGUAGUAUUGUUAUAGCAAGAAUCUGCCAGUGCUUUUGGUAAUGUAAGUGCCUUUUGUAAAUCAUUUAUUUUCCUGAACUUACCUUUUGAGAUUAUACUGUGAGACUACUAAGAAUCCUUGUUCAAAAAAAUCUGAACUGAGUAUAUUGAAAACUUAUUUAUUUCAUAUGACAUUGGUCAGGAAUAUUGGGAUCAAGAUUUAUAUUUUAAUUCAAAAGGUUACACAGUAUUUUCACAGUAUUUUAGAGAAUGCACAUGUUCUGUGUACAUUGAUAUUUUGAGAAGUUGAUGAAAGCUAACUCAGAUACAAAUUUCCUGAAAACUGCCUAUGUGGUAAUGUUACAGACAACCUGUACAUAAGUAAUUUAGGAGAGGCCAGGCAAUAGUAUAGCGGGUAUAUAGAAGACACUUCCCUACAUGCAGUCAACUGGAUUCAAUCCCUGGCACCCUGUAUCAUCCCCUGAGCCUACAGAAGUGUUCCCUGAGAGCAGAGCCAGGGGUAAGUCCUAAGCACCACUGGGUAUGGCCUAAAAACCAAAAAAUUAUUUUAAAUACCAAAGGCAUUUUUUAAAAGGCACCUUUGUUCUCAAGUCAAAUACAGGUGUAUUCACAGUGAUGUUUUCUUUAAACUUUCCCGUACUGUUCUGUAUAUUAUUGUCAGUGUUCAGACAGAAAUUAAAAUUGGUGAGGCCAGAUAGUAUAGCAGGUGGGGCCCUCGCUUUGCUUGCAGGCAACUGGUUUCAAUCCCUGGCAUUCCAUAUGGACCCCCAAGCACUGCCAGGAGUAAUUUCUUAGUGCAAAGCCAGAAGUAAUCCCUGAGCAUCACCACGUUGGUGCCCCCCCAAACAAAAAAGCAUUAAAAUUGGUGCUUAUACCGCAAAUAUGCAGACUUCCAUGGUUUCCAAAAAAUUUUAGAACUCAUUGACUGUUCUUAUAAAGCACUUCUUAUAAAGUGCUCCUGCCUGGUUUCAACAAAGGCAUUAACUUAUAUCCCUAGGUGGUUUUUAUGUUUUUUAACUACUUAAAUAAAUUGUUUUUAAAAUCAUGUAGUUUUGAUUCUAAGCCCUCAUAAAGAACACCCUUCCCUCCCCUGAGAUAACAUGCACCUCUUAGUGAAAUAUGAA